AUGGCGUCAUCUGGGUCUGGAGACCCUCUCGAUGCUAAGAGUGGAAAGGGCCCAAUGGCUCAGCGCAUCGAUCCAACUCGGGAAAAGCUGACUCCCGCGCAGCUGCAAUUCAUGCGGCAGGUGCAACUCGCUCAGUGGCAGAAGACGCUGCCACAGCGGCGGACCCGGAACAUCGUGACCGGCCUGAGCAUCGGGGCCCUGGUGCUUGCUAUCUAUGGCUACACCUUUUACUCGGUGUCCCAGGAGCGCUUCCUAGAUGAGCUAGAAGAUGAGGCCAAAGCCGCCCGAGCGCGGGCCCAGGCAAGAGCGUCAGGCCACUGA